GGAUUAGAUAUUUGACUGCAGUUUGACUGACUCGAAAGGGAUAUGAAUUGGGAUGGGUAUGUUAUGAUCGUAUGUUUGCAUGACGAUCAAACGCAAUCAGUAGAAGAGUACGUUGGAUGCGGUGCUGACGUUUGAGCAAUUGACAUAAGUAUUAUUCGUGCGAUUAUUUAUGAAAAUGCCACUAAAAAAUAGCAUUAAGAUAAUGCCUGGUGCAAUGAUUUGUAACGACUGCUAUUUGCGAGGAGACAUCACGAUUGGGAAGAAUACGAUUAUUCAUCCCCAUGCGUCUAUCAUCGCAGAGGCAGGCCCAAUUAUUAUUGGCGAAAAUAAUUUGAUAGAAGAACAAUGUGUGAUUAUUAACAGGUUACCGGCGGGUGAACAUCCAAUUUCUACACCCGUUUUAAUUAUUGGCGACAGUAAUGUAUUUGAAGUCGAUUGUCGAUCAGAAGCUAUGAAAAUAGGCGAAGAUAAUGUUCUCGAAUCUAAAUCAUUUGUUGGCCGAGGAGUUGAGCUGACUGAUGGCUGUAUUGUGGGGGCAGGUUGUAGACUAACAUACCCUGAAAUUAUUCCCGAAAAAACUGUUAUAUUUGGUUCAAAUUGCUCUCGACGACAGCAGUCAGAAAGGCCACCACCUCAAACAUCACAACUGGACUUUCUGUCUAAAGUUCUCCCUCACUAUCAUCAGUUGAAGAAGAAUAAACAUGAAAUAAAAAGCUGGAAUUGUGAGCCGU